AAAUCACGCAGUAUUUUAUCGCUAAGGAAUAUUGAAGGCUUGCACAACAUAAUAAAACCGUAAUAUUAUAAACAAACUAGGCUGGCCUGCAACGUCCCAUCUUCUUGAAAAAAAAAAUACGACCCCACACAUUCAACCGUCACUCACACCAGCGAAAGUGUUUGCAACAUUCGUACAUACGAAACUACUUGCAUGAGGUAUAAAACCAGGUAACUGGCGUGUUUGGAAUACACUCAAGGCGUAACAUUCGCUGAACAACAAGCGAAGCGAAGAUGAAGCUACUGAGAUCUUCCCUAAUCCUGGCCGUGGCUAUAAGCCUGGCCACGGCAGAGGAAAAGGCGGAGAAGGACACCAAGGCUGAACCAAAAGCCGCAGAAGAAACAAAGAGACAAGACAAAAGAGGACUUUCAGAGUACUACGGCGACCAUGGCGACCUGGGAGGUGACUUUGGAGGCUCUUUUGGACACGAUCUAGGAGGAUCAUCAGGAGGUGACCAAGGAGGACACGACUUCGGUGGUCAUGAGGAACAUGUUCACAAAACCAUCACGGUUAUCAAGAAAGUUCAUGUACCCUACCCCGUCGAGAAACACAUCCCCGUGCCGGUAGAGAAACACGUGCCUUACCCCGUCAAAGUGCACGUACCCCAGCCCUACCCCGUCGUCAAAACUGUCCAUUUCCCCGUCAAGGAGUACAUCAAAGUACCCGAAUAUAUUUCAAAACCUUACCCCGUGACAAAACACGUGCCAGUUCCCGUGAAAGUUCACGUAGACAACCCCGUACCAGUCAAAGUGUACGAACAUGUCCCUUACCCUGUGGAGAAACACAUACCCGUGCCAGUUAAAGUGCCCGUACCUCACCCCUACCCAGUCGAGAAGAAGGUGCCAUUCCCAGUGAAAGUACCGGUCAAGGUGCCUGUACCUUACCCAGUCGAGAAGGUUAUCCACUACCCAGUGCCCGUGCACGUCGACAACCCUGUGCCCGUACACGUUGAGAAGCCUGUGCCCUACCACGUCGAGAAGAAGGUGCCAUACCCAGUUGAGAAGAAGAUUCCUUACCCAGUGAAGGUGCACGUCGACAACCCUGUACCAGUGCACGUUGAGAAGCCGGUACCAGUGCCAGUCAAGGUUCACGUUCCAGUGCCUUACCCAGUGGAGAAGGUAAUUCCCUACCCAGUGGAGAAGAAGGUUCCGAUCCCGGUGCACGUGCCUGUGGACAGGCCCGUCCCAGUUCACUUGGAGAAGCAUGUUGCGCACCAUGUUGAGAAGCACGUGCCUUACACCGUGAACGUGCAUGUGCCGACGAUCGUAGAACACAAACAUCACGAGGAGUCCCAUCAUGAGCACCAUGAGCAACAUGGAGAGGGCCAAGGUCACUUUGGAGGUUUCGAGGGUGGUCUAGAAGGCGGUUUCGAUGAACACGAACAUCAUCAUUAAAAGAACUGAUCUCUUUAUUUUUUCUUUAGCUUUAAAUGUUAUCUUGUUUAGUAAUUGUUUUUUUUUUAAUUAUGUUGUACUGUGACUGCUAUGUACCUGUGACCGUGUAAAUAGUGACGAAAGUAUUAAAAAAAGUGAUAUAAACAUUUA